CCUGGUGUUCCUCCUUAGCUACACUUUUAUCUGAAUACCAAUUAUCUUUCUACUAUAAGCUUUCUUGUUUUCUUCCCUUAGCCCCACUGACCCUUUGUGCAUAUUUUUUCACUUCUUCAUAUAAUUCUCCUCUUCAAUUGCUUUCAAUCAUCAGAUUAUUUGUAAGAAUCCAAAGGCUCCCUUUUCUUCUAUUUAUUUAUUAUUACAAUUUGGAGUAAGGAAGUAUGGAAACUAUGUGUGGAUUUGGUGGGCAGGAAGAAGAAAUGGAAUUGCCUCCUGGUUUUCGAUUUCAUCCAACAGAUGAAGAGCUUAUUACACACUAUUUAGCACCAAAGGUUCUUGAUAGUAGCUUUUGUGCUAGAGCUAUUGGUGAGGUGGAUUUGAACAAAGUUGAACCAUGGGAUUUGCCAUGGAGGGCAAAAAUGGGUGAGAAAGAAUGGUACUUCUUUUGUAUCAGGGACAAGAAAUAUCCAACAGGGCAGAGAACAAACAGAGCCACAGAAGCAGGGUAUUGGAAGGCAACAGGCAAAGAUAGAGAAAUAUUCAAGUCAAAAACACUUGUUGGUAUGAAGAAAACACUUGUUUUCUACAAAGGAAGAGCGCCCAGAGGUGAAAAAACCAAUUGGGUGAUGCAUGAAUAUAGAUUAGAUGGCAAAUAUUCAGUCCACAAUCUCCCCAAAACUGCUAAGAAUGAAUGUGUGAUUUGUAGAAUUUUCAAGAAGAGUUCAGGUGGGAAAAAGAUACCUAUCUCAAAUCUCAUAAGAAGCAACAAUAUGACCGAUAAUUUGAGGUCUUCAAAUUUGCCACCAUUAACGAACAUGUCACCAUACAACAAUAAUAUUAAGAUUACAACAACAGCUCGAAGUAGUGGAGAGACAUGUAAUUCACAUGUGACCUGCUUCUCCGAUUCAGUGGAGGACCAAAAACCUCAAACACAUCAUCAUCAUCCUCAGCCUCUGUCUUGUUCGCCUGUUUCUGUCGAAUUCCCAAAAGACCCUUCAAAUGUGCCAAACCAAUCCAUGUCCUACAUCGAUAAUUUCCAGUACGCUGAUUCUGGAUUGAUGCAAGAUAACUCUAUAAUGAGGCUUUUGCUAGACAACAAUUAUGGGUCAGAAUCAAAACAGAAUUUGAGAGGUUACGAGGAUCAUGACUUCAAUAUCACUUCAACUGGCCCAGUGGACAUCGAUUGUCUCUGGAAUUAUUGAAAUUUGAGAGCUGGACAAAACAUUUAGUAGGGACUAGUUAAGGCUUGAAAAAUGAAAUAGAAAUAGAAAUGGAGAAGGGGAAAAAAAAAUAAUAGAUUGAAUGUGGGACAGAGGAUUUGUGCUGAUUAUUCCCAGAUAUUAUUUAGAUCAGUUGCAGUAGUAGUACUCUGUUGUGUAUAGAUUUGUCUCGAUUCGAAAUAAUACACAAGUUAAUUGGUUUGUUAAUAUUAUUACAAUGAAGUUUAAUGUAAAUCAUCUCCUACUUGAAUGA